GCUCGAGAGCUAAUUCACCUUUCUGUGCUGCCACGGUCCCUCCACGCAGCACGAUGGGUACCACCGAAGCCACACUCCGUAUGGAAAACGUGGAUGUCAAGGAGGAAUGGCAAGAUGAAGACUUCCCAAGGCCUCUCCCAGAAGUGGCAGGAAUGGAGUCUCUGGGCGGCCCAAACGAGAACACAUUGUCACCACCAAAUACGUUAAAUUUUAGUAAUGGGGCACAUCAUAAACGGAAAACGCUCGUCGCCCCGGAAAUCAACAUUUCUCUGGAUCAGAGUGAAGGCUCCCUCUUAUCAGAUGAUUUCUUGGACACGCCUGAUGACCUGGACAUAAAUGUGGAUGACAUCGAAACCCCAGACGAGACAGAUUCCCUUGAGUUCUUGGGCAAUGGGAAUGAACUGGAGUGGGAAGAUGAUACUCCGGUGGCCACAGCAAAAAAUAUGCCUGGGGACAGUGCGGACUUGUUUGGGGACGGGGCCACGGAAGAUGGCAGCGCCACCAAUGGGCGCCUAUGGAGGACAGUCAUCAUUGGUGAACAGGAACACCGCAUUGAUCUGCAGAUGAUCAAGCCGUACAUGAGAGUCGUCACACACGGAGGCUAUUACGGAGAAGGCCUCAACGCCAUCAUUGUCUUCGCUGCCUGCUAUCUGCCCGACAGCAACCUGCCGGAUUAUCAUUACAUCAUGGAGAAUCUCUUCUUGUACGUGAUCAGUAGCCUGGAGCUCUUGGUGGCCGAGGACUACAUGAUUGUGUACUUGAACGGUGCUACACCACGCCGAAGAAUGCCUGGGAUUGGUUGGCUGAAAAAAUGCUACCAGAUGAUUGACAGAAGAUUACGGAAGAACCUGAAAGCUCUGAUAAUCGUUCACCCCUCUUGGUUCAUUCGGACAGUGCUGGCGAUUUCAAGGCCGUUUAUCAGUGUGAAGUUUAUCAGUAAGAUCCAGUACGUUCACACACUGGAGGAAUUAGAGCACAUUAUCCCCAUGGAACAUGUCCAGAUUCCAGUUUGUGUCCUACAGUUUGAAGAAGAGAGAAACAGAGCCAGAAAAGAAAGGGCAGAAGAAAAACAGGACAUGGUUGAGAGAGAAAGGCCUGUACUGCCAGUGGAGGAUCAGGAAACAAGCAUGUCAUGAAUAAAGAGACAGGGUCGAAAGGUGGGCUCGGCUCGGUUUAUUAUCCACUGUAAAAUGACCUUCCUGAUGUUAAGACUUCAUGACCAUCUCAUUCUCAGUAAGAUCCAGGAAAGCCUGCCUCCCCCCACCUUAAUGGCAUCAAGUCCACUAAAGGAAAG